AUGCAGUGGAUACAGGCACUGCUGUACCUAUAUCUCCUCUCCUCCCCGGCCGUGCUAGGGGCUCCCACGCAACAAUCACAACUGAAGAAACGAACAUUCAAAGUCCAUCGGAUACGUCAGGUAGAUUAUGUGCCUAACGGUCUAGCAGCGGUCAGAAAGGCAUACGCCAAGUUUGGUAUCAUUGCUACAGAUAUCAACUUCGGGUCUUUAGAUCUCAACAUUUACCCAACUUCAGAAGAUCGCCAGGCUGUAAACAAGGCAGACGAACCAGAUGAAAAUGGCGCUGUCACCAAUGUCCCGGCGAGAAAUGACGUUUUGUAUCUGGCCCCCGUAACAAUUGGUGGCCAAGAGUUUGUGAUGAACUUUGAUACCGGUUCGUCAGACACAUGGGUAUUCAAUACUAAACUUGACCCACGCGUAUCUGCUGGCCACUCAGUUUUCGAUCCGGCAAAAUCCAGGACAUUCCAGCUACUCGAAGGCUCUACCUUCAACGUCACGUAUGGAGACUCCUCCUUCGCACGGGGUGGAGUUGGAAAAGACACAAUCGACAUCGGUGGUGCAACAGUUCGAAAUCAAGCCUUCGGCCUUCCAAACCAGAUCUCAGAGUCAUUUCUCACCGACGAAGCCUCCGACGGCCUCGUUGGCCUCGGGUUUACAAAGAUUAAUACAAUGAAACCGGAAAAACAAACCACAUUCCUCGAAAAUAUCGCGCCUGAUCUUCAAGAACCCGUCUUCACUGCCCAACUUAAAGCGCAGGCUCCUGGUACCUAUGAAUUUGGCACGGUUGACAAAAGAAAGUUCACUGGUGACAUCGUUGAUGUCCCUGUAGACAACUCCCGGGGUUUUUGGGAAAUCAAAUCGAGUUUGUUUAGGGUUGGCGAUGAUGGCAACAUCCUCACCGUCGAAAAUGGCGUGACCACCGCGAUCGCCGAUACGGGCACGACGCUGAUGCUAGUGAAUAAGGAGAUCGUGGACGCGUAUUACGCGAAGGUUGAAGGGGCGGAGUUGUCCCCGAAUGCCGGUGGCUUUAUAUUCCCCUGCAGCUCGACACUGCCGGACUUGUGGGUGUCUCUAGGUGAUACACAUCUGGCAAGGGUAUCAGGUAGUUUAUUGAAUUUCGCUGUAGUGGGGACUGACACAGCCACCAACACGAAUCUCUGCUUCGGUGGUGUCCAAUCCAACCAAGGCUCUAAACUUCAAAUCUGGGGGGAUAUAUUCUUCAAAGCACUCUUCGUUGUAUUCGAUCUGCGAGGCCCGAAACUCCGAAUAGCAGCGCACGCUUAA